ACUGAAUUGCUUUCUUAACGGGACGCCCUCUGCUUUUCCCUUUUCGAGUAGACUCUAGGCAGACUCAUAAAUACAAACCCAGCGUAGUUUUGGUUUGUUAACGACAAUCUUCGUGGUGUUCAUUAAUUGAUAUAAUUGAAGCUUUAAGGCAACUUUCAAAGAUGGCUACAAAACCAAGCACCUUUAAAAGAUUGAUGGUACAGAAAUUGACAUCAAAUUUCCGCGAUGCUGUUUCUAUAGAAACUUCCGAAAUGUGCCAUCCUAAAAAAGGAGAAAUAUGUGUGAAAAAUAAAUAUGUAGGUAUCAAUGCCACAGAUGUUAAUAUGACCAAAGGUAGAUAUUUUGUCAGUGGCAAACCACCAUUUGGAAUUGGAUUGGAGGCUGUAGGUGAAAUAGUAGAAGUAGGAGAGGAUGUGGAGAAUUUAAAAGUAGGACAAUGCAUUGCCUAUUUCAAUUCUAAAUGCAACUCAUAUGCAGAAUAUUCAUGCAUAGAAGCUACAGGAGUAUUUGUUAUACCAGAAGCAACCCCAAGUUACCUUGGCCUAAUAGUGAGUGGUUUAACUGCCACUAUUGGAUUGGAUAAGGCUGCUAGGAUUAUGGCUGGUGAAACUGUCCUCAUCACUGCUGCAGCUGGUGGAGCAGGCCACAUAGCUGUGCAGUGGGCUAAAGCUGCUGACUGUCAUGUUAUUGGAACUUGUUCCACAGAAGAAAAAGAAAAACUUUUAAAGGAUCUUGGAUGUGAUCGAGUUAUCAAUUAUAAAAAGGAAAAUCUCGCAGAAGUUCUAGCAAAAGAAUACCCAAAAGGAGUAAAUGUGGUUUGGGAAACAAUUGGUGGCCAGGUGUUUGAUGAUUGUUUGAAAAAUUUGUCCCUUAGAGGUAGACUUGUUGUGGUUGGAGGCAUAACUGGGUAUAAAACUGAAGAAAAAGAAGCAUUAAUUAAAAGAGAUCUAUCAACCUUACCAGAACAAUUGCUUUUCAAAUCUGCUGCUGUGAUGGGCUUUCUGGUUUUAGCAUACAUUGAAUGUUUUGCUUCAUACUUUAAAUUUAUGUCUGAAAGUAUUGAAUCUGGAAAACUAAAAAUUUUGACUGAUAAUGGUGAAAAGUCUACAGGAAGUGAAUUUCUUGGCAUGGAAGGUAUCAUCAGAGGAGUUGAGCACUUACAUUCUGGAAAGAGUAGUGGAAAAGUAAUUGCAAGGUUAUACUAAAUCUUUGGAUAAUGAAGAACGAAAGAUUCUUGUUUACUUUGUAAUCAUGGGAAAUUGAAUCGCUUGUUGUUAAUCAUUUGCUCUGCAAAACAAUUUCUAUUUUCUUAAAAUAAAUUGUUGAAAAUAAAAAGUGAAUGCAGAAUGGA